GGCAGAGAAAUCGAAAUCAGAGGGGAAAAAAAAAAGGAGCUUUCGAAGAAAAAAAAAGAAUAAAAGUCGUUUACUCGUUUCCGUUUUCGGAGCCUAUGUAGAGAGAGAGAGAGAGAAUCAAAGCUUUGUACGGACAAAUUCAGAUCCGGUGGUUGACCGUGCAGUAAAUGGAGUCAGAAACGGCGUCGUCGACGGAUGAACAACUAGCGGCUGCCGGAACAGCAGCGGAUACCAGAGGCAGACAUCGGAUUCUUGCUGAACUCAAGCGAGUCGAACAAGAAUCCAAGUUCCUUGAGGAAGAGAUGGAAGUGCUUGAAGAAACAGAUAAUGUGUCAACUUUGUGUGAGGAGUUGCUGCGUAGCAUGGAGAGCAGACCUGAUCCGCUACUUCCAUUAACAAAUGGUCCCAUAAAUCCAUCAUGGGACAUAUGGUUUGAAGGGCCUCAAGAUUCAGAAGGUUGCAGCUGCCAGAUUCUGUGAUUUGAAGGCAAUCUAACACUUCUGUUUGUUUCCAAGAUAUGUUGUUUACAUAACAUACAUCAUAUUUACUUCUCUCAAUUGUUAACAAGUUAUUCAAUUGACUCUUCUCGUUGUGCAAUGCCUAAGUUUUGGGAUGGCUG